AUGGUAGACGGGGAACAUGGAGUCACGGGGCGUUCCCGCUACGGGGUCAUAGCCGCAGAGUUCCCAGAGAACUCCGUCGUAGUUACCCCAGUGACUGCUAAUCAAGCUUGUAAUUCUGGUCAAGGUGAGAAUGAAGGGUCAUGUUAUUAUUUCUCAGAAAGCAAGUUAAACUUCGUCUCGUCGAAAUCGUCCUGCGAGGACCUUGGAAUGCAUCUUGUCUACAUAGGAUCACAGGAAGAACAAAACUUCAUGCAGAAUAACAUACCAUCUGGUGAAAGUUUCCAAACGAGUUCUGUGCAGCAAACAACACCAGGCGCUGUCACUUCUCCCGAAGGUUCAACCCAAACCACACCAAAUCAAAUGACGUCAUCCGAUACAUCCAGUUCCACUACUCAGACUGACAAUAUUGUAACAACGAGGGGCUCUACGCAACCUUCGUCAACCACCGGAGAUGCGAUCAGUGAGACAAAAAGCAGUCCAGUAUCAACAACACCAACCUCACAUGCAUCAUCAACGUCAACAACACAGCAAGGAUCAACAGAUGCUGCUUCACUUACUUCUGAACAGGCAACCGACACCAUUCCUGCAACAACGUCAACGCACACAACCCAGGCAUUGUCGUCGGCUACACGUCCCUCCUCUUCUCGGGACAGAGGUCACACGAGCUUCAAAAACUUCCGACUACUGGCCAGCAAUGUCGCCCUCAUCGAUGCCUAUGUUCUGUCAUCAUACACGGUUUCGUCCAUCAUGGAAUGCAGUCAGUUGUGUCUUACCGAUGUCCGUUGCUCGUGUUAUACUUUCAUCGCCUGCGAGGGUUUGUGCUUGCUCGGCGAAGAAUGUCUGGCGACUUCUACAUUCGCUUUUGAAAGGCGAACCGGAGCUAAAUUCUAUUCGGCACUUCUUGAAGAUUAG